AUGAGGUGCAACAGAAGGAGCCAAAGAGAUAGAAGAGGCAAUCGACGCAUCUCUUUCCUUUAUAUUCCUACCCUCCAAAUCAAUACUUUCAAGAUGCUCUCCACGCGCAUUCAGUGCGUUCUGGCGCUCCUUUCCCUCGCGCUCGCCGUCAGCAGCAUCUCGGCGGCACCAACAGACGCUAAACUCCGUCAACUUCUACAAAGAUCUCUCUUCAACCCGGCUGGAAAACAGGACCUCGCCAGAUACACACUUGCAGACUUGCUGUCAGAGCUCGCGCAAGCAGAAAACGAAGCGCUCGAACCCGAGGAUCUGUCUCGUGCUGUGGAGAAAGAUGACGUGCGUCUGGAGCUGGAGCGCGCCGCUGGUCCCAUGCUCGCUCCCCGCGAGCGCAAAGCCGGAUGCAAGAACUUUUUCUGGAAAACUUUCACGUCGUGUUAAUCGCUCAACGCCGUUGUCUGGUUUUGAGUUCUUAUUUUUUUACUCCAUCAUAUUUCUUUUCUCGUCUCUUAAUCAUUCAUCACAUUCAAACUGUUUAUAAAAGAUAAAAUCUGUUAUAUUUGUCGUUAAACAAUCUCGAGGCUGUCGAUGUGUCAACGGAAAGAAUGUUUUACGAAUGUGUGCAAAUCUGCUUUUAAUUGUACUUUACGUAUUAUAGCAGAUAUCACUAUUUUUGAUUGUUUGUUUGAAUAAAAUAUAUGUUUCAGA